AUGACGAGGAGCGUUGUUCUCAUAUCACUGCUGCUGCUGAACCUCCAUCAUGUCCUCUCCGCAUCCAAAGGUGUUUCUGCUAGUCUAAAGGCGAAGUGGACCAUGACACCUUUUCUCCUAGAAACAAGUGAGUUUAUUGGAGAAGAUGGGAAUGAGAAAUUCUGGCAGUUUGUUGAUACAGUGAAAGAGCUCACUGUAUACAAGAAUGGAGAGUCUGUACGCUCCUACUACAAUCUGAUCAUCAAGAAGGCUGGGCAGUUCCUCACAGACCUUCAAGUCAGUCUCCUAAAAUUUGCUUUGUCCUUACGGUCCUACUCACCAGCUGUAAUGGCAUUCCAGCAGAUAGCCAGUGACGAACCACCGCCUGAAGCCUGCCCUGCCUUUGUCUCUGUCCACGGUCAACAGAGCUGCAGGACCAAGGACAUUAAGAAGCUCCUAAAGGCAGCUGCGGGCAGGCCGAAACCGUAUUUGUACAAGAAUGACCACAGAUACCCUGGGCUCAAUAAUACGGACACGCCGGUCGUGAUUCUCUAUGCGGAGAUCGGAACAAGAAAGUUCAGCUCCUUUCAUAAGGUGCUGUCUGAGAAGGCUGAGAAAGGAGCACUCGCGUAUGUGCUGCGUCAUUUUGUAGCGGAUCAAAAGCCUCAAAAGAUGCUUUUGUCUGGAUAUGGUGUUGAGCUGGCAAUAAAAAGCACUGAAUACAAAGCUGUGGAUGACACCCAAUUAAAAGAUUCAAAGACGGUUGCGAACACCGAGGACGAUGACAGUGACGAAGUUCAAGGGUUCCUAUUUGGAACAUUAAAGAAAUCUCACCCUGAACUGCAGGAGCAGCUUGGGGAACUUCGCAAGCAUCUCCUAGAGGGCACCAACGAUAUGGCCCCACUCAAAGUGUGGGAGCUGCAAGAUCUCAGUUUCCAGGCAGCUGCUAGAAUCAUGUCCGUGCCAAAGUUUGAUGCUCUGAAGCUCAUGCGAGACCUUAGUCAGAACUUUCCAACCAAAGCCAGGUCACUGACGAGAGUGGCUGUAAAACAGGAAAUGAGAAAAGAAAUUGAGGAGAACCAAAAGCGACUGAGCGAGAUGAUUGGGCUGCACCCAGGCGAGUCAGGGCUGUUUAUCAACGGGCUGUCCAUCGAUCUGGACACUCACAACCCUUUCAGCAUUUUGGACAUCAUCAGAGGAGAGGCCCGAAUCUUGGAGGGUCUUCAUAACCUCGGAAUAAAAGGAGAACAUCAGGGCAAGCUGCUUAGGCUACCCGUGAACCUUGUGGAAGACAACUAUGCAUUGGACAUCAGACAUCCAGCUAUAAUGUGGGUAAAUGACAUUGAGAAUGACCCCAUGUACCACAGCUGGCCCUCCGGUGUACAAGAACUCCUCAGGGCCACCUUUCCAGGAGUCAUCCGGCAGAUUCGACGUAACUUCUUCAACUUGGUGCUGUUCCUAGAUCCAGUCCAGGAAGACAGCAUGGAGCUGGUGAAACUCGCAGAGCUAUUCUACAAGCACAAGAUUCCUCUCAGAAUUGGAUUUGUGUUCGUCGUCAGUACAGAAGAUGAAAUUGAUGGCUUCUCGGAUGCGGGGGUCGCCUUUUACCGAUUGCUGAAUUACAUUGCAGACGAGUACGAUUUAUCUCAGGCACUGAUUUCCAUGGUCUCAAUGUACAGCAAAGUCGACAUAGGAGAAACCCUGUCUGUCAAUACCGUCUCUUCCUACCUCAAGAGGAAAUUUCCGAAAGCCAACAUUGAAAGGAUCCUUGGAACAGAUUCCGAGUAUGAUGACAGGCGAAAGGCUGGCGCCCAGUUCUAUAAGAAGAGCGGUCUUGGUCCCCUUCCUUUGGCUCUCUUCAAUGGAGUCCCUCUCAACCCGGAUGAGAUGGAUCCUGAUGAGUUGGAAACCAUCAUCCUGCAGCGCAUCAUGGAUACCACCAACGUCUUCCAGAGAGCUGUCUUUAUGGAUCAGUUGAAUGAGGGGACAGAUGUGGUGGACUACUUGAUGAACCAGGCCAGCGUGGUGCCCAGGAUCAACCCUCUCAUUCUCAGCACAGACCGAAAAUACCUUGACUUCACUGCCUCUCCAGUUGUAGAUGAUUGGGAAGACAAAACCAUGUUUUCUUACCUGGAAUCUAAGGACAAGACUGCUGUGGUAGCUAAGAAAAUGAAGUACUUCACAAAACAUGAUGAGGACGGAAUGAGUGGUGUGACAAUGUGGAUAGUCGGAGACUUUGAGAAUGCCUCAGGGAGAAAACUGUUGCUCAGUGCUCUGAAACACAUGAGGGCCAGCGCUGGAGUUCGUGUUGGGGUGAUUGAUAACCCCGCCAGUAAGCCCAGCGAAGAUAACACCGUGCUGUACAGGGCCGUCUGGGCCUCGCUGCUCACCCAGAAGAACAAGGCCGCCGCAGACUUUGUGCAGCACCUCCUAAAAGAGGAGAGCAUUCGCCUCCUCCGUCGAGGAGCAAAGAUGAAGGACUUACUGCUUCAGGGCAUGGAUGAAGAUGCCUUUGAAAAGAAGUACAACACGCUGGAGGUGGAUUUCGUCCGCAGCCAGCAGCUGUUCUGCCGAGACGUGUUGAAGCUGAGUCCCGGGCAGAGGGCAGUGGUCAGCAAUGGCAGGAUCCUCGGGCCGUUUGAGGAGCAGGAGGAAUUCACUGUGGAGGAUUUCCAUUUGUUAGAGAAGAUUACAGUCAGCACCUCCGCGGAGAAAGUCAAAGCCAGAGUCAAACAGAUGGGGAUGAAGGCAAAGCAAGCCAGCGACUUGGUCAUGAAGGUCGAUGCCCUCCUCACUGCAGCCCUCAAAGGAGAGACCAGGAGGGACAUCCACUUUGUCAACGACAGCCACAGCGUGCUGUAUCUCUCCCCGCGAGAAAACGAGGUCUCCUACAAUACGGUGGCCAUAGUUGACCCUCUCACCAGGGAGGCGCAGAAGAUGUCAUCUCUGCUCAUUGUGCUCAGUCAAGUGGUCAAUCUGAAACUGCAGGUGUUUAUGAAUUGCAGGGCCAAGCUGUCUGAGAUGCCCCUCAAGAGCUUCUACCGUUUCGUGUUGGAGCCUGAUGUGAUGUUUUUGGCCAACGACACAGUAUCCCCGGGACCCGUCGCCCGUUUCACAGACCUCCCCGAGUCCCCUCUCCUCACCCUGAGCAUGAUCACCCCGGAGAGCUGGAUGGUGGAGGCAGUUCGCAGCCCCCACGAUUUGGACAACAUCCACCUGCAGGAGGUGAGCGGGGUGGUGACUGCAGAGUAUGAGCUGGAACACCUUUUGCUGGAAGGCCACUGUUUUGACCUUUCCACCGGCCAGCCCCCCCGAGGCCUGCAGUUCACCCUGGGCAUGAGUCAGGACCCCCUAAUGCACGACACUAUUGUCAUGGCUAACCUGGGCUACUUCCAGUUGAAAGCGAAUCCUGGUGCAUGGAACCUAAAGUUACGUAAAGGGAGGUCGGAAGAGAUCUAUCAAGUUCUAGCGCAUGAUGGGACAGACUCACCCGCUGACUCCGCUGAUGUGAUCGUUGUGCUCAACAGUUUCCACAGCAAGAUCAUCAAAGUCCGAGUGCAGAAAAAGGCAGAAAAAAUCAAUGAAGAUCUUUUGAGUGAAGCUACAGAAAGCAAAGGCCUGUGGGACUCCAUAGCAAGCAUCACAGGCGGCUCCAGGUCGGACAGCGGAGAGAAGAAGAAAGAUGACGUUCUGAACAUCUUCUCUGUGGCCUCGGGCCAUCUGUACGAGCGCUUUCUGAGAAUAAUGAUGCUGUCCGUCCUUCGGCAUACCCAAACCCCAGUAAAGUUCUGGUUCCUCAAAAACUACCUCUCCCCCUCCUUCAAGGAGACCAUCCCUCACAUGGCAAAGUCCUACGGUUUCCAGUAUGAACUAGUCCACUACAAGUGGCCCCGCUGGCUCCACCAGCAGACUGAGAAGCAGCGCAUCAUCUGGGGCUACAAGAUCCUCUUCCUGGACGUCCUCUUCCCACUGGCUGUGGACAAAAUCAUCUUUGUGGACGCCGACCAGAUUGUACGGGCGGACCUGAAGGAGCUGAGGGAUCUGGACCUGGAGGGCGCCCCUUAUGGCUACACCCCGUUUUGCGAUAGCCGCAGAGAGAUGGAGGGCUAUCGCUUCUGGAAGACGGGUUACUGGGCCUCGCACCUAGGCCACAGGAAAUACCACAUUAGCGCCCUGUACGUAGUAGACUUAAAGAAGUUUCGUAAGAUUGCAGCUGGGGACAGAUUACGCGGCCAGUACCAAGCCUUGAGCCAAGACCCCAACAGCCUGUCCAACCUGGACCAGGACCUUCCUAACAACAUGAUCCACCAAGUGGCCAUCAAGUCCCUGCCCCAAGACUGGCUGUGGUGCGAGACCUGGUGCGACGAUGGCUCCAAAGUCACGGCCAAGACCAUAGACCUGUGCAAUAACCCAAAGACCAAGGAGCCCAAGCUGACAGCGGCGGCGAGGAUUGUGCCCGAGUGGGUCGAGUAUGACAACAAGAUCAAACAGUUCCUGAGUCGCGUUCAUGAGCAGGGAGACGCAACGUCAGCACAGAAACCGAGUCCUGCUCCUUCACAACGUAAAACAGGCAACCAGCGUGAUGAACUUUAGAUUCCAUCCACGGCACGACGGCGAGCAACUAGGCAACACUUUGCAUCCAGUCCUCCUGCGAAGCUGGAAAACUCAUCUCUGAGGGAGGAUGCACAUGUAACUAAAAUGGAAGGAACCUCUGUCUGUAUGUCUAUCUGUCUGUUUGUCUGUCUGGCGACCGAACGUGCAGCGCCGCUCUGCCGUUGCAACCCACACUGUGGUCGGGGUGGGAGUACACCCAAACGGGCACCGCACUAGUUUCCAACAAAACAGUGACGUGUUAUGCCCCUGACUCGGGAAGCCAUGGAAGGAUGGAGAGAAAUUUCUGUUUUUAAAAUGUGACUAUUUUUAUAUGUCAAAUCAAUAUGUGUCCUACAGAAUCAAUGCUAGAUGAGGAAACUGUUAACCUCUAACUCCCGGCACACUAUCAAGACGUCAGCAGUCAGAAGGUGCUUAGUAAGAGAAUACUGGAAUCAAGUAAACGCAGGGGCGACUCCAGAGAAGAUUCUAGUUGUUACACAAAUAUUAGAUGUGACACAGGAUGUCGUUUGCACUGAUGCAGCAUGCAGAGUCAAGUGAGGCACAUUAAAAAGUCAUUUCAAACCAUUUUAAAUUUUUGAAUAAAUCUGGAGGCUUGUGUGAUUUCUAUUUCUAAAACAUAUUUAAAAGAAAAACCAUGCAUUAUGGGUUCUAAAUUGUUAACGACAUUGCGUGUACAACACUGCUAUGACUGUUAUGGCCAAACCAAAGUUGUAGUGAUUUGUUAUUUGUUAUUCAGAUAAUGUUGGAGAAGCAGCUCGUCCAAGAGACCCUUCCCACAACUUGGACACAUGGUGUAGCCCCCGUAUCUCUCCAUGCCAAGUCACGCUGCACCAGGUAUAAUUGUUGAUAGACGGAUCGGGCUAGUCUUUAUCGGCAGGUCACGGAUCAGAGAAUCCUCGUUUGCACACUAAAGGUCACGGAUAUAGACGGAAUUAAUAAGUUAUUGUGCUACGUUUACAUCUGUAUAUACAGUUUGUGCACCUGUGUGUGUGUGUUUGUCGAGUUCUAAACAGAAUUUUCAAUACCUACAGAACAAAAACAAUAUCUCUCAGGAAAGAAACUAGGUGUUGCUGCUCCACUGAAACGGUCCUUUUGACUGUCUUAAUAUAGGAUGGUUGGGAACUCUGCUCUCAUCACCCGUCUCUCACUCACAUGUGUCGAAUGGAAGUGUUUGCAUAAGUGUCAAGUCAUUUCAGGUUGAGAGAAAUUAAAAUAUAUCUUUGCUAUAAAUCUCCGUCAUUAGUUUCUCUUUAAGCAUGGUGUGUGGUUAAGUUUAGGGGUGAUUUAUGUUGAGUUGCUGUGAUUUCAGCUUGGUAAAAAUACCGAGAACCUUUUGGCUAAACCGCCACUCACGCGCUUCACAUUUAAACAAGCUAAACCCGCAAAUGGAUUUUUCCCUCCCCAA